CCAUAUUUUGAAUAUAUACUUCUCAAUAUCUCUCAUGCACUUCUAGUGUAGUAGUUGUUAUUUUUCAAAACUUCUUUGAAAGUAGCUUAAGUCCACUUUUCAACCUUGUUUUUUAGUCUUUUUUUUUUUCUUCUUCUUAAGGAGACAACACAACAAGGAUCACCCUCUCUCUUUUUUUCAUACUAAAAAGGGUUUUGUUUAGUUAGGUUUUCAAUUUUUAGUAAAAAAUAGGUGAGAUAUGGAAGAGAGAAAUGAUGGUGAAAAACUUGAUGAAGUUUUGUUACCAGGGUUUAGGUUUCAUCCAACUGAUGAAGAGCUUGUUGGGUUUUACCUAAAGAGAAAGAUUCAACAAAGGCCUUUAUCUAUUGAGCUCAUCAAACAACUUGAUAUCUAUAAAUAUGAUCCUUGGGAUCUUCCAAAGUUUGCUACUACAGGAGAGAAAGAGUGGUAUUUCUACUGUCCAAGAGACAGAAAAUACAGAAACAGUGCAAGGCCUAAUAGGGUAACUGGAGCUGGAUUCUGGAAAGCUACAGGAACUGAUAGACCUAUCUACUCCUCAGAAGGUUCCAAGUGCAUUGGUUUGAAGAAAUCAUUGGUCUUUUACAAAGGCAGAGCUGCUAAAGGUGUCAAAACUGAUUGGAUGAUGCAUGAGUUUAGACUACCUUCUCUCAUUGAUCCACUCUCACCAAACAAGUAUAUAGACAAAACUAUUCCAACUAAUGAAUCUUGGGCUAUAUGCAGAAUAUUUAAGAAAACAAAUUCUACAGCUCAAAGAGCUUCAUCUCAAUCUUGGGUUUCUUCCCUUAAUUCUGAAACAAGAACCUCAAUGCUAACAAAAAAUCAAGAAACCACCCAAUUUUGUUCAAACAACAUGUCACAAACAAAGAAAACUACCCUACCCAACAAUUUCUUCACUAACAAUAAUAAUAAUACCCAAAAUUUUGAUGUUGAUGUUGAUGUUACUACCCCUUAUAAAUCCAUUAUUAAUCCACUACUACACAAAGCCUUUGACCACUUACCCAUUUCAAAUAAUGAUCUUAACACAAGCUUGAUAUUUUCAUCAUCUCCACUUGAAACAUCCAACACUAAUAUUAAUUUUUCAAAAUCUACAAUGGAUGUUUCAUCAAUGCUGUUGAAUAUGUCAUCCUCAAUGUUUGUUGGUGAUUUUAGCAAAACAUGUGAUGAGGAUAUAACUACAAAUUUCAAUGAUGGGUUGCAAGAGCAUUUUAGUGACUACUCAACAUCAUUUCUACAAACCACAUUUGGUAAUAACCAAUAUGAUAAUAAUGCAUUGGUAAAGAUUAAUCCUUAUUAUUAUAAUAAUGUGAAUGUGCCUCGUGUUGAUGAUCAAGAUUUCAAUAUUGGUGAUGCAUGGAAGUCAAAUUUGCUUUGGGAUACUUCAUUUUGUCCUUGUGAUGUUCCCUCUACUUAUUAUUCAACUACUAAGUGUUAUACUUAGUACCUUUUAUUUAUUUAUACAUAUAUUAGAAUUAGAAUUUAGAAGCACUUGUUUUUCUAGGUAGCUUAAUUAGGAAGAGUACUUUAGUGACUCUGACUUUUUAACUUUAAUUUGUGUUCAGUUUUACAUUAGUAUUAGUAUGCAGGAUUUUAUUUUAUUUUUUA